ACCAAUUUUACCAAUUUCACAAAUUAUCAAUUUACAAAUACUGUGAUUCAGUAGAGAUUGUGAUAGUUCUGAAUCUUGGUGUAAAUCCACUUUUUAACCUGAUCAACUUCUUCUUCAUCUUAAACUUCAAGUUCAAUCAUGGCACCUCAAACAGUUCCUUGUCAAUACAAAACUGGUCGAACACUUGGUCAAGGUACCUAUGCCGUCGUUAAAGAAGCUGUUCAUAUUCAUACCGGUAAGUAUUAUGCUUGUAAGGUUAUCAAUAAACGACUCAUGGAAGGUCGAGAGCACAUGGUAAGAAAUGAGAUCAAUGUGCUCAAAAAGAUCUCAGCUGGUCAUCCGAACAUCGUCACCCUUCACGACUAUUUCGAAACCAUGAACAACCUUUACCUAGUCACCGAUCUUUGCCAAGGUGGUGAACUCUUUGAUCGGAUCUGUGCUAAAGGACAAUACUACGAACGAGAUGCUCGUCAUUUAGUCAGAACUGUUUUGGGUGGAGUAGAUUAUUUACACGAUCAUGGGAUCGUUCAUAGAGAUUUGAAACCAGAAAACCUACUGUUUCGUGGACCAGAAGAUGAUUCAGAUUUAAUGAUUGCAGACUUCGGACUUUCGAAAGUAAUCGACGACACAAAGUUCAACGCCCUCACCACCACAUGUGGCACACCAGGUUAUAUGGCACCUGAAAUCUUUAAGAAAUCGGGUCAUGGAAAACCCGUGGAUAUUUGGGCAGUAGGAGUUAUUACUUAUUUCUUGUUGUGUGGUUAUACUCCAUUUGAUAAAGAUAAUAGUAUUGCAGAGAUCCAAGCUAUCUGUAGUGCAGAUUAUAAAUUCGAACCGGUUGAGUAUUGGAGAAACGUUUCGGAUACAGCACGUGAAUUUAUUGCUCAGUGUUUGACGGUUUCUCCUGAGGCUAGAAUGACCUCUCAGAGCGCUUUGGCUCAUCGAUGGCUUUCGUCUGAUGAACCUGGAGUAGUAGAUCCAAGUUCUGAAAGAGGAGAGACCCAAAACUUACUUCCACACCUUCAACGACACUUUGAUGCGAAAAAAACAUUUCGAAAAGCUAUUGCUACGAUUCGUGCAUCUAAUAGGUUUAGACAAGGAACUGGUUUACCUGGAGCUGCUUCUUCGGGAGAUGUAGAAGAGUUGAUGAGACAGGUACAAGUGGGUAAAUCAGAAGCGGCUGCUGAAUCUGAAUCGGUUCAAGAAGUAUUGUCUCAGAGUGAGAAAUGAGUGAAUGAAGAAAUUAAAGAAAUCAGUGAAUGAGAAUGAGAGAUGUGGUUGAUUGAGAUUUGUUGGAAGAAGAAGAAGAUUGGAUGGGAAUGGGUUUGAGGAAGUGGGUUGGGUUUGAGUUUGUGUUUGAUUGAUUGAAUGGAUGGGUUCUUGAUUGAUUAGGAUGUUGGCUAGUUUGUAGUUGUACCAUGGACAUUGAUGAGAAAAAACUACAAAUGUCUUGAGAUUGGGUGCUGAAUAUAUAUCAUAUCAUUUGCUUGUUCUG